AUCUAGUUUCAUUUACUGACAUUAAGUUCUUAAGGAUAUAUUGUCCGGCAUCCGUUUUCAAAGGCUCUUCAAGACGAAAAUGACAAUCGAUGGAUCCGCCGCACGACCGGGCGCAAUCGAAUACGUCGACGAGAAAAACGAAAGGUCCAGACUUAUCCUCAACGAGUCGACGUCGUCGACGGCGGACGUGCGUCGAGAUCGACGCCCGAAGAGAACCUUCUGUCAACUUCUUCGGCAUGGCAGCCAACAGUUCGCGCUUGAGUUCGCCUUCAGUUGCGAGACGGCGCUGGGUACGCCCAUACUCCUUGAGCUCGGGAUACCGGAAGUGCUUCAAGGUCUCUGUUGGGUUCUCGGUCCAAUGCUCGGUUUCGCUCUAGGUCCUCUGGUGGGUUCCCUCAGUGAUAACUGUACCUCGAGAUGGGGUCGUCGGAGACCCUUUCUCUUGGUGCUCAAUCUUCUCGUUAUUGUCGGCAGUGCUGGCUACCUCAACGUGCAGUAUAUUCAAAACGAUGGGCUCAGCAUGGCAGUUGCCCUUGUCGGUAUAUUGUUGGUCGAUCUAUGUGCAUUCCUCACCGAGUCGGCGUCAAGGGCAUAUCUUCUCGACGUCUGCGAUGUCGAUGACGUCAGUCAGGGUCUUCUAAUGAGAACGGUGUUGGGAGGUUUAGGAUGUGGGAUUGCUUACGUCAUUGUUGGCGUCGACUGGGUGGACACGCCGAUCGAUUCGGUGAUCAACAGUAACUACGAAGUCGUGUUCCUUUUCACUGUCUUGGUUUACCUCGUGUGCAUGACGUUGUCGAUGACCAGCAUCGCCGAGGACCCACUGCCAUUGGAGCGGGAAGAUGAAAAGGAGAGCGAGGUCGCUAUGAAGACAAUCAAGAGAUAUACAACAGAAGCCGACACAGAACGACAGGGUUCAUCAUCUGACGAGGAGGAGGUAGCCCCGACGUUAAGGGAGCGCAUCUCUUCGAUCUUCGGUAUGCCCACAUGCAUGAGGUGGCUGUGUCUGACGCAUUUCUUCGGUUGGGCAUCGUUUACCACCAUCGUUCUCUAUUUCACGGAUUACUUCGCCCAGGAAGUGUUACACGGUAUCCCGACAGCUCCGAUAAACAGCACGGCCUUCCAGGCCUAUCAGGAGGGUACCAGGUACGGGAGCUGGGGGCUCUGUAUCUUUGGAUUCUCCACCGCUGUUCUCUCACUCAUCUUCCUGAAGAUCCAAUCAUGUUUCAGUACCAAGGUGCUCUACAUUGGUCCUCCCCUCAUCUUCGGUCUUUGUGUGGGCAGCAUGGCGUUCCUGGUCGACUAUCCCACGCCGACCCUCGUCCUAUGCUCCAGUUUUUCGCUCAUCUUCGUUACCAUAACAACCAUCCCCUACGAUUUACUCGCCAACUAUCACGACGAUGAAAAUUUUACCCAUCCACCGAAUGGACCAGUCCGCGGACAAGGGACCGAUAUGGGCAUUCUGUUCGCGAUGACGUUUCUCGGUCAAAUCGUCGUCUCAAUUCUGAUUGGUCCGCUGGUGGAAGUGACGCAAUCACAAUUACCUGUCGUCAUCUUGACAUCAGUCAUGGCGUUCUCGUCUGUUAUAUCUGCUUUCUUUGUAACUUAUUGAAUAAAAACUCAUUGAUCAUUAAAGUGUAGAAAUAUUUUAUGAUGAUAAUAUUAUUCCGCUUAUAUAUAGCGCUACAUAUUACAGCAACGACGCGACGUUUCUAAGCGCUUUGCAUACGUACACUGCAAAAAUACCAGUGUUGAUAAAACACUGGUGUUGAUUUAACAC